AUGGGGUCAGAGUCAGUGAAGGUGGUGGUAAGGUGCAGGCCUCUGAAUGACAGGGAGCAUGCUCUGGGCUGUAAGAUGGUGCUGUGCAUGGACCUGCGCCGCUGCCAGUGCUUCAUAGAGAAGCCCAGGGCACUGGAUGAGCCACCCAAACAGUUCACCUUUGAUGGGACCUACUUCAUUGAUCAAAACACUGAGCAGAUGUACAACGAGAUUGCAUAUCCUCUAGUAGAGGGUGUCACUGAGGGGUACAAUGGCACAAUUUUUGCCUAUGGUCAAACUGGAAGCGGUAAGUCUUUCACCAUGCAGGGAGUCACCGAGCCUGCAGCCCAGAGGGGGGUUAUUCCACGAGCCUUUGAGCAUGUCUUUGAGAGCAUUCAGUGUGCUGAAAAUACCAAAUUCCUGGUGAGGGCUUCCUAUUUGGAGAUUUACAAUGAGGAAAUCAGAGACCUUUUGGGAAAUGACACCAAGCAGAGAUUAGAGUUGAAGGAGCACCCAGAGCAUGGAGUGUAUGUGCGGGACCUCUCCAUGCACACUGUGCACAGUGUGGGGGAGUGUGAGAGGAUCAUAGAGCAAGGCUGGAGGAAUCGGGCAGUGGGCUACACGCUGAUGAACAAAGACUCCUCUCGUUCCCACUCCAUCUUCACCAUCCACCUGGAGAUUUGCAACACUGAUGGAGAUGGUGAGGACCAUAUACGAGCAGGUAAGCUCAACCUUGUGGACCUGGCAGGAAGUGAGCGUCAGUCUAAAACCGGCGCAACUGGAGAGCGACUCAGGGAGGCCACCAAGAUCAACCUGUCCCUCUCUGCUCUGGGCAACGUCAUCUCUGCUCUGGUGGACGGACGCUCCAAAUACAUCCCCUACCGGGACUCCAAGCUGACCAGGCUGCUGCAGGACUCCCUGGGAGGGAACACGCGAACCUUGAUGAUUGCCUGUCUCUCCCCUGCUGACAACAACUACGAGGAAAGCUUGAGCACUCUGCGCUAUGCCAACCGGGCCAAGAGCAUCCAGAACAGGCCUCGUAUCAAUGAGGACCCUAAGGAUGCUCUGCUCCGAGAGUAUCAGGAAGAGAUCAAGAACCUGCGGGCCCUCAUCUCAGGCCAGCUGGGCACUGCUAACCUUUCAUCUCUACUGUCUGGUCAGUCGUCUGAGACUUCUUCUGCUGUCCCUUCAAGGCCACAAUCUAGCACCACAGAAGCAGAAAAGGAGAAGAUUAAAGAGGAGUACGAGGCGAGGCUUGCCAAGUUGCAGGCUGAGUAUAAUGCAGAGCAGGAAUCCAAGGCAAAGCUGCAGGAGGACAUCGCUACCCUGCGUUCCUCCUAUGAAUUGAAGCUGUCUGAUCUGGAGGAGGCACGAGCCAGCAGGGGGAGCUCUAUCACAAGGAAUGUGAGCUCCAGUUGCAUGACACAGGUCGCUGAGGAGGAGCUGCGUCUCACUACCGAUCCCUUGUGCAGCAGUACAAUUGAGGAAACUUCCCUGACUGAGGUACUGUCCGCCACUGUCAUGUUGGUGAGCCAGUCCGCUGUACCGUGUGCAGCUGUCAGUGUCCAAAAAGGUCCAGAUGGAGAUGGGCUCAGAGAUUCACCUGAUGUCACCACAGCAGGGUCUCUGGAUCAGAAACAUGUCCUGGAAAGGCUGCAGCAGCUGGAGCAGGAGGUGGUAGGAGGAGAACAAGCCAGGAACAAAGAGUUACAGCAGAGACACCGACAGAGGAAGACCCUCGCAGAUCAGAGAAAAGUCCAGCUCAUCACGGCCUUGUCGGAGAACAGCGAGGAUAGUGAAAAUGUGCUCUUAAAUGUCUACAACUCCAUCCAGGAAGAGGUCCAUGCCAAAAAUCAGAUGUUGGUCAAAGUCCAAGGCAAGCUGAAAGCAGCCAAACUGGAGAUCCGUGACCUGCAGGCAGAGUUUGAAGUGGAAAGGGACGAUUAUCUGGCAACAAUCCGUCGGCUGGAGAGGGAAGGCCAGUUACUCCACAGCCUGCUGGAGCGUAUGGUGCCCCUGGUGCGACGUGACUGCAACUACAGCAACCUGGACCGCCUGAAGAAAGAAGCUGUCUGGGACGAGGACAGCGCCACUUGGAGACUGCCAGACGUGAUGGUGCAGAAAACAACACUGCCUUCAGCAGUGGCUCCAAAACUUCCAGCUCACAGAGGCUCAGUCGCUGAUAUUGGAGAACCAUUUUCGCAAGCGGAAGAGGACAGGUAUAAGGAAAUGCUGGACCGUAGCGACAGCGAAAAUAUUGCCAGCACCUACUUCAAGUCAAAGAGGGCGAGCCAACUACUGGGAGGUGAAGCCACCAGGGGACACGUUGUCCACUCUCCUCCCCUCGUUAAUGGGGCGUCCCACCUAACUGUGAGCGGUUCCAACAUGAACCCGCCUGUCAGCUCAGACUCCGUCCUGCCACGCCCCUUCCGCCUCGAGUCGUUGGGUUUCCCGAUGUCCAAUGGUAAGGUGAAGCGCAAAAAAAGCAAGUCUCACAUCAAUAAUGAGGGUUACUGA